CCGGCAGACGUGCAGAUGAGGCGGAUUGAGUUGUCUGUCCAGCUUGCCAGCAAACGGCCUUUAAGUAGUCCUUUUGGGCUCCCCCGCAGUGGAGCUACACGGAUGGGUGCCUGACCGCCGGCGGUAGCGUUGUGCUUGAGCGUGACUGGCCACACGGACUUGACUGCAGGCCUGGCCUAGGCAGAUCGUGAGGUGCUGCUGCUGCACCCGCCGACCGAACCGACAGACAGCCUCGUUCUCCUCAUUCCUCUUUCUUCAACUCCUCCAGCUCCAUUGAUGCAACCUCCAUUGUCGCUGCUAUCAAAUGUCGUUGUCCCGGGCCCCAUUCUAGCCUGGCCAUGUUUUCCGCCCAUGAUCAGGGCCCGAGUUACUGGGGAGUGUUGAUCAAUGCCGACAAGAGUCCUGCCCCGCUGCUAGAGCAGCUGUGUCUGGAGAUUGCUCGCAUCAUAGUAACACAUCCUGAAUCCUCUCUUCCCAAGACAUCAUUCGAUGACUAUGCGACAAGCGACCUCACCCCAGAACGAUUGGCCGCGUUUUACCGCAAGGUUGGCGGUAAUUACGAUGUCCUUUUCCUCCAGACCAAACCAUCCGCACUCUCCUUCAUCUAUCAACGUCUAGGAUGCUUCCAUAGUAUCCAACCGACCUCCGAUCCUUACAAACCCCCGGCUAUUCCGGCUCUACAACCCAACGGCUUCGUGCGAUGGCAGACAAUCCAGUUGCUCCUCGACCCGGACGAGCAUUGUCGGUACCUCCAGAAUGCGGUCGAGCUAUGGGACAUCGAGACUCCGAGCGGCGAAAUCUUUCCCAAACAGAUACCUCGAGAGGCCUUCCCCGAAACACCGGACCUAGAAAUGGUCGAAUGGCAUGAGGCAGUUAGCCGACGGUUUGAACUGGACUAUGUCAAAAGGAACAUCCCGCGCGUAUCUCCACCAAAUUUCGGCACAUACCACUACUAUUUUGCCCAUAAAGAUGCUCCUUCUACCAAGGAAGAGACCAGUCUACCCGCCCGUCGUCGAACGAUGGCACACCGCGCCCCCGUGGUUCCAGAGGAGCCAUCACCUCCCAGCAGACAUCAAAGACGCCGAAGUGGCGAGUUCUCACCGUCGGCCACCCGUCGAGUCCAGUCCACGUACUUCCCACGCCCACCAGAAGUCGAGACGUCCCAUCGAGCCCCUUCGCCGCCGAUGUGGACCAAGCCUUCCCCCACGAUGAGAGGUCGCGACCGUGGUUCGACGUUUUCACGUCCCGUGAGCCCAGGCGCAUUACCGGGACACAGCGCAUCUGAUGCAUCGUCCGAGGACUCCGGAGAAGCAGCACGCGACGCAUCCCCGUCUGGAAAUCGACACAGCCGUCAUCUGCACCCGUCUACUCCACACUACUCCCACUCUCGCCGUCAUUCACACGAAUCAUACGCUAGGAAACCCCAACGGGAACUCUCUCCAGGCACCCAGCAACGGUAUGCCUACCGGGACAUGUAUAAUACCCCCUCAACCAGACCAUACGACUCAGAUGGUGCUCGGCGCACACGGCCAUCAAGGGCAUACGCAGAUGAGCCGGUCCAUCCCCGGACUCCGGGGCCCAGCUUCCGCGACCACGCCUUCCGCGACCCUUCUGCUGUUCCGGUCAACGCUGAAGUGCCGGUAUAUACGCACAGGCACCCUCGCUACAUGAACAUGAACAAUGCCUACGUCGUCCGCCCUCCUCCCGACAUUGAUGUGUGCGCGGUAGACGACUCCAGACGAAGUUACCGAGGGCCCACUGCUAAGUCCAACGCGCCUGUAUUCAACAACCCCACAAUUCCAGAGCGCACUCGAUACCCCUCAGGCGGCUACCGAUCCCAGAGAUGGGCCAAUCCGGUACAGCCAUCGCCAUCCCGAGGAAUCCCAGCAGGUGUACCGGACAUGGAAUAUGCUCUGCGAAGCAGACGGUCGACCAUGUAUGACCGGUGA